UUCGUCGGAAAGUUCGUCAGUUGAGUCGCCAGUCGUCGAAGCGUUCGGUCGGUUAGUCCGUCGCCGUUAGUUCGUGUGCAUCGUGCGUGUGUGCCCUUUUUUUCUUGUUUUCUUUUUCUUUUUUCGAUGCGGCAUUAAAAGUUAUUAUUGUUAUUCUCAUUACUAGAGUGUCGAGAGAUUGUCUGUGUUUAUGUGCCACUCGCACUUACGUCAGAGAUUAGCCACCAAAAUUAUUUAUUAAAAAAAAACACGCAUCUCGUAUGGUGGGAAACCCUUAAAAAAAAACUGAAUUUUCAGAACCUAAAAAAAAAAAACUGCUCGUUUUGUCAAAAAAGAAAAAGAAAAUUCUUUUCGAAAACAACUGGCUGCAGAAAAAACAUUCCGUGACGAUUAUUGUGUUUAUACGUUCGGCUUUUACAACCCGGAUCUAAAAUUAGGUCGGUGGCUCUGCACUGCCGAUCGUUCCGUUUUCUCUCGUGUACGUGUGCGUGCACAGCUGUUGUUGCAGGCUGACGGUUUUUCUUUCUUUCUUACCUCUUUUCCACCAAAACUAUAGAAAAAAAAAAAACGAACGAAAAGGAAGAGGGAGGGAGUGAAGCUGAUCAUGUCGCCAUUUCGAACUUUUUUCUGCCAAGAAUUGGAGGGAUAACAGAUCUGGCCAACUUGAAGCUAUAAGCCCGGCCCGUGACAUGAAGUGCUGCGAUCUAUUGAUGAGCGCCACCCGAUUGCUGCUGACGCCCGCAUCGACGUCUGAUUCAACGUCCAACAUCAUGUCGUCGCCGGCUUCUGCGGCCAAGGAAUGCAUUUUAAAUCAACAGUCGAUUUGGCUGAACCAACCGACGUCGACGAUGAAACGACGAAGUCAAACGCUGCCCGAUUUGUAUUCGCCUUCAGCCUGCGCGUCGGCAGCGUCGGCUCUGGAACGACGUCUGUCGAGUCACGGAGAGAGAGGCGGCCAUGGCGAUAGCAGCAGCAGCACGGCCAAUCGCAGCGGUAGGCGUCGCCGGAAGGAUUUGCUCUCUAGCGGCGGUGCUGGCAAAGAGCAGGUGACGAUGGCGAAGGACGAGCCGCAGCCGAGAAUCAUCAAUGACGUACAUUCUGGCCAGGCGUUUAUCAGUGACAGGACGGCCCUAGCGGCGGUGAAGCAACAGAUACCGGCCGUUCACGAUGCGUUUAUCAGACGCGAUCGUGCCCUCACAGCGGCCAGUAGUAGUUUGAACUCGCUGCAUUCGUCAGCUCGUCGCUCGUCGUCGACAACGUCUUCAUUAUUCAAUCACCGCUACAGUCGAUCGGCGCUAGUGUUGACGCGUCCAUUCAAUCAUCGCCGCUAUCCGGAAACUGUUUCGUCGUCGUCGACUGGCCAUGACGCAACUUGCGCAACGAGUGUUGACGUUGCCACUGUCAUGAUGGACGAUGAAACGACCGACGAGUCGAGUGCGCGCCUUGCCGUUUAUCAGCAGCCACCGACAUCAGUCGUGGACGGGCGGCGACUGGACGUUUGCAGAUCGGCACCGACCACUCCGCACUUGCCUCGUUCGCAACGCGCAGUCGGACGUCAGCAAGAGACGCGACGAAACAAUCCGUUGAGAAAUUCGAAAUCGUCGUGCGGUUUCAACGAUCCGGUCGUCGCGUCAAUGGCAGUGCAAGACGAGGAUCCAACGGCGACUCGGUCGACGUGCAGCGAUGCCGCCAUGGCUAAACGCGAUGCCGACUCGGAGGCGUCCAGUGACGGCGAGGUGCUGGUCAACGCGUCGUCUUGUUUGUCGCCCCCUCCGCCUGUGAUCCAACGGCGCUUCCUGAAACUGUUGUCGGAAGGCGACAUCCAGUUGUGCCGCGUCACUCAUUCGGGCACAGUCAUCGGCAAGAUUUUGAGCUCGAAAUUCUUGCGACGUUGGGAGACGCAUCACCUGUACCUCAACGACGCCCAAAUCUCUUCGAAAACGCCGUCGGGUUUCAUGGAAGAAUCGACGCCUUAUUCUUCGAUGAAGGACAUCAGUCUGGUCGUGUCUUCUUCUUCUUCUUCUUCGUUGACUUCAUCCGCUUACUUGUGGGAUCGCAGUUAUUCCGAUCCCGGAUCGAUGGAAGUGAUGGGAGCGGCAGCAGUUGGCUCUUCCUUUGCCACUCCGCCCAGCCAUUAUUGGCCGCAACAUUGUUUGAUCCGCAUCGUUUUGCCCGAAGGAUGUCUUCUUCUGCAGGCCAACAACGCGUACGUGCGAGAUCAGUGGUAUCACUCCAUUAUUUGGAAGAAAAAUCUAUUUCGGUACCACCAAAUAACGAGGCGGACAACCAGACAGGAAGUUUUGCUGAAAGAAGUCAAGAGCAUGGUGGAAUUGGCGACAUCGACGCCAUUACAGGACCAUUGCAUCGCUCAGGCGCCAUUCCAAGUCAUUUCGUCUUUGCUCUCCACCGUCAGCGAAGAGAAAUCGCAACAUCAUCAGCAAAAUCGUAUUUCAAUCGGCAUGCCUGGCGGCUGCUAUUAUUCUCAAACGGUUUUAGAGGAUCUGUUGUUGACGUUGUCACCUCUACUGGAACGACAACCUCCGUCGCGCGAAAUGUGCACCGCCUUCAGCCGACACUGUCGACUCCAUCCGCGAUCUUCUCUCGUUCGCGGUCUCUUUACCUCCGUCGUUCAUCGCAUCCUCAAACACAACGUCGAUUUUGGGAAAAAUCCGUUUAUGCGACGCUUCGUUCACGACUACAUCCGGGUCCUUUACGCCCACAACGACGGGCCACAGGCCGUCCGUGACUUUGUUCAAAGCGCUCACGGUGAAGGAAGUGCUUGUCCACAUCCACGUGUCCUGCCCAAUUUAGUGGCCGUUUGUUUGGCUGCUGUUUUCAGCAUUUACGAGUACCGACGUCGACGACAACGUCAUCCGUCCGACUGGGUUAACAUCCAAGCCAAUCAUCCUGUUGAUCACAACGAAGAUAAAUUGACGACUGCACCAAUUGUUGAACCAAUGGCCGUCGAAGAUCGUCCAGUCAGUCAAGAUGAGACUCAGCGACCCCACAAAUCCAACAACAAUUGCCACAACAACAAUAACAACAACAACAACAACAAUAGCAACAAUAACAUUUGGGACAUGCAAUGUUAUCUGACCAUCAUCAAAACUGCUUGCGAAUUUGAGGAUUGGCGUCCCGGUUUGGCCCAGCUGUUGCAACCUGUCCCGUUCCCUGACGAAGCGCUCGUUGACGACGUCUUUAUCAAGGGGAUGGGUGUUGUCGUUGGAGCCAUUGGAAACGAUCCUCGUUGCGCCGUCCAUCAGUGCGUGCUGGGCAUCCGCGAAGGAAAAGAAGGCUGGUUCCACGUCAUUUGCCCGUCAUCGGCUGCCUGUUGCGACGACGGAUCUCUUUGGGCGUCUAUUCUGAAGACGCUGCUCGACUGUUGCUGUCGUCGCAAAGCGUUUUUAGCUUCCAUGACGAAAUUGGUGGGCGCUUGCCAACUGUUGGCCUUACGAGAUCAUUCGUCGGCGCAGGAAACGCUUUGCCUCAUGCUCGAAUGGAAUCUGUUGGAAGUCAAUGCCGGCCAGGAGAAUUCACAAUGCGGAACGAACACGAGUGCGGAAGAACGCGAUUCGCUUCCGCUGCAAAUAGCCACAACGUUGCAAAGCACCGAAUCGGGUCGUCGACUCUAUUUCGAACUGUGCGAUCGUCAACUUCACCUGAAAGAAUUGCAACAAAAGGGCGGACCUAAAAAAUUGACAUUGCCCAAUCGAUCGACGGACGAUGAUCUGUCGAAAUUGCUACUCAAUUGCGGUUCACUGGGCAACCUUGAAUGUCUGAGUUUGGCCUUCACUCAGGUGACGAGUGCCUGCGCCCAGCAUCUCAUUAAACUGCCCUCUCUGCGCUACCUCAAUCUCUGGUCUACUCAGUUUGGCGACCCUGGUUUGCAGCUGAUAAGCGAACACCUCCAUAAAUUGCAGGUGCUCAACUUGUGCGAGACUCCCGUCACCGACAAAGGCCUCGCUUGCCUCGCCAGUAUGAAGAGUUUGCGCAAGCUGAAUUUGAAUAGCACGACGUUAUCAGUGUCGACAUUCGAGAAAUUAAAGCAGAAAUUGCCGUCGCUUCAAGAAUGCGACGUGCGUUACACGGACGCUUGGUGACAAGACGGGCCGGGGGAUCAUCAACAGUCAGGAGAAGCAGCUGGCCACACCAGCGACACUCCAACUCCCUCGAAUGCCCAUUCAUUUUUCUGCAUCCGGCCACAAUUACAGACGUCGUCGUCUACCCUCAAUCCGAAUCGAAGCGCCAAUCUCUUUUUCUGCACUCGCUACCAUUCGACACGUCAAGCGCCAGCCAAUUUUCUACAACUGGCUGAUCAAUUCCGUUAAGAAAAUUCCGCCAAUGAAAUGAAUUCAGAGUUUAUUUAUUUAUUUUAUUUGUUGAGGUGGGGUGGUGGGGGGAGUUCUUCUUCUUGUGAAGAAUGAACUUGAUGAACUUGUGUGUGACGAGAAGAAAAAGAAGCUGCUAGUCCCGUUUGUUGCUACAUAUGAAAAAGAACUAGCUCAUUCAACUUCCUCAUUUAUCUAAUUUUGCUCUGCUAUUGGGAUCCAUUUUCUCGCAACCACAACAUCACGGUAACCAACUCUUUGGUACAUGUGCACCUACAGUUGCUUUAUUUAUCAAAUAUAUAUAGUAUAUACUAUCAAUAUCGUGUGUGUGUGUGUGUGUACAUAUGCAACAAGGACCCACCCGACGACAUCAGAAACUAUGUAUACUGUUCUAUUGAUGCAUUCAUAUUCUAUUCUGUAUCUGAUUUGUCGAACGGUGAUUUGUAAAAAGGGAAACAUUUCCUGUGUUUGCUUCCUGCCGUUUAUUGAUCGUCCCCAAAGUGUAAGCCCUCAGUGAUGGGCAUCGUCGCGUACAGCCUUUUUAGCUGAUUCAAUUUUGUUUUACCCUUCUUUAAAUGACGACUUGUAAUCGACCUUGUUUUCCCUCGUCAUCUUCUUCUCGAUCACAUUUCAAGAAAAAAAAAAAGAGCUUAAAUUUUGUUUUUAAUCCCCACCUUUUACUUCUACUCUCCUUUUGACAAGUCAACCAUCCAGUCCUCAUCCAACAUCCAACCAGUUACGUAUUUAACGUAUUUAACUUAAAAAAAAAAAAAUGCGAUUUCAAAAAAUUUCUUAUCUCUAUUUUUCUGAUUCGAAAUGAAGGUCAUAGAAAUAGGAAAAAGAUUCUAGGGUUUUCCUUUGGAAAUUUGCAAUGUGAAAAAGAGUGAGUCUAUUUUGGUUGAUUUUGCGUUGCUGUACCGAUUCAUUUCGGCACUCAAUACAAUUUGGUACAACAAAACAAACACAAUUUCCAAACAUUUUCUUUCGUCCAUUUUUCAUGCCAUAGCAAAACGUACACACACACACACACACACACACACA